AUGGAAAGGUUCAAUAAAGCGUGUUUGGAAAUUCAAGACCUACCCACCGAGGCAGUCAUCAUGGGAUUAGUAAAUGGACUCAGAGAAGGUCCCUUCUCACAGUCCAUAUCAAAAAGGCACCCCACCUCCCUGAGCGAUGUACAAGAAAAAGCAGAGAAGUACAUCAACAUGGAGGAGAAUGGCAGACUACGAGAGCCGAGUUGGCGGUCCGGGUACGCCCCCUCGACAAAAGAGAAAGAGAGAGAGCCCAAGAAGAAGGAAGAACUCGGCCUCGAUAGACCGAGGAAAUAUCACUCUUAUACUCCUCUAAAGGUUUUCAUGGUGGAUCUAUACAGAGAAAUCUAUAACACUGAAAGGCUGCCGCCUCCCAGGCCCAUUAAAAAUAAAAAGGGAGGAAGCCGCGGCGAUUACUGUGAGUACCAUAAGAUCUAUGGUCAUUCAACAAAUGAUUGCUACGACCUUAAAAAUAGAAAGCGAGAGGAUGGCGACAGAAGAGACCCACCGCCACAAACCCCCGAGAGACACAUACAUAUGAUCUCGGGAGGAUUUGCGGGUGGGGGACUCACCAAGUCCUCUCGCAAGAGACACCUCAAGCGAGUUUACCAGGUCGGGAGUGAAUCACCCGACCUCCCCACAAUCUCAUUCACAAAGGAGGAUGGGCAAGGAGUAAUCCCUGGACAUGAUGAUCCAGUGGUGAUAACCAUGAUCGUAGCCAAUGCCCAUCUCCACAGAACCCUAGUAGACCAAGGGAGCUCGGCAGAUAUCCUUUUCAAGCCCGCAUUCGACAAAUUAGGGUUGGAUGAAAAGGAGUUAAGAGCCUACCCCGAUACUUUAUAUGGAUUAGGCGGCACGCCGAUAAAACCACUGGGAUUUCUACCCCUCCACACGACCUUCGGAAAGGGGAAAAAUCCAAAACUCUGA